GGAGGAGGAGGACUUGGGCGUACCUACCGUCUGGCAGCGAGGCCCCUCGAGGCUCCCGGAUCGUCCGAUACCUCUAGAGCACCGACCGGUCCUCCGACCUGACGGGAAAAGUUGUUCCAGGUGUUGCUCACAACCGCAUGGCCAAUGGCAUCCUGGGCCUCCUCUGCAAGCGACACUACCCAGGUGCCAUGGAUAUUGCUGGGGUACGUCAGCCAGCCUCUUCGUGGGAGCACUACAUCGCCGCACCGGAUGGACCAGAUGAGGAAGGCAGGGCAUUUGACAACAAGGCGCACCGGGUGUUGAACGAAUUAUGGGAUUUCUACAGAUGCGAGGAGGGAAUGAUGCCCAGGGCGAUGCAGGUGGCUAGCAGAGCUUGUUACAAGCUGGUGGCGGAUAUGCUUUACGAGGCGCGCAUCCAGGCCGUCAUCGACUACAAGGCCAGGAUCGAAAAAGUGAGGAUCUACAAAAGAUCUGCGAGAGACAUCAGACUUACCCGGGAACAAUACUUGCGGGUAAAGAUUCAAUCUUAAGGAGUUAUCAACUAUGCUCCAUUUGUUCUUCUUAAAUGUAUUAGAUAUUGAUGAUGUGCAGGUGCCUCCGUGGUGGAUUGCCAAUGA